AUGGAGGGAGAUUCUGUCAUUUUAUCUGUCAAUGUCACUGAAUCACAGAGAAAAGAUGGAAUCUACUGGAAGUUUGGACCUAAUAAAACUUCUAUAGCUAAUAUCAAGAACUAUAAAACUACUAUAUAUCAUGAUAGACUUGAUGGAAGAUUUAAAAACAGACUUCAUCUAAACAAUCAGACUGGAUCUCUCACCAUCACAAACAUCAACAUCACACACACUGGACUUUAUCAUUUAACCACCAAGAAACAAGAUAAACCUCUCAAGAUAUUUAACAUCACUGUCUAUGCUCAUCUACCCGUUCCUGUCAUCACCAGAGACUCUACACAAUGUUCAUCAUCAUCAUCAUCAUCAUCGUCAUCAUCAAAUUGUUCAUUAUUGUGUUCAGUGUUGAAUGUGAGAGAUGUGAGUCUGUCCUGGUACAAAGGAAACAGUUUAUUGUCCAUCAUCAGUGUGUCUGAUCUCAACAUCAGACUCUCUCUAUCUCUGGAGGUUGAAUAUCAGGAUACAAACACAUACAGAUGUGUACUCAACAAUACCAUCACAAACCAAACUCAACAUCUCAACAUCAAGAAUCUCUGUCAGACGUGUUCAGGUGUCACAGAUGCCACAGGAAUCCAGUUACAAUAA